AUGAGGCCUUUGCAUCAGCUCCAGACCGCUACGAUAGCAAUUUUCUGCACUGCAGCUGCAGCAAAGCGCGCCAUCGAUCUCAGCACCCUGGAAUGGACGCUUUCAAGUCCGGUGUACAACAUCUCUGUGCCGGGCAGGGUGCCAUCGCAGGUCCAUCUAGAUCUAUACCGUGAAGGAAUUAUUCCAGAUCCAUACUUUGGACUAGGCGAUUUUGAGUUAAGAUGGGUGACUUUGACAAACUGGACUUAUAACGCCAAAUUGGAUGGACUGGACACUUCAACCAACUUAUCGACAUGGCUGCUCUUUGAUGGACUAGAUACAUUCACUUCGAUAGAACUGUGUGGCGAAUAUGUCGCUUCGACCAACAAUCAGUUCCGCCAGUAUUAUUUUGACGUUUCGAGCGUGCUAGGUAGUUGCUCUGGACCACCAAAUUUGAGUAUAAACUUUGGCUCUGCAGUGAACAUCACCGCAGAUAUUGCAAAUGAACCUGGACAGGAAACUUGGCCAGACUGGGUCGAAGGGUUAUUCGAGUUCCCAAAUCGGCAGUUCGUAAGAAAAGGACAGAGCGACUUCGGAUGGGACUGGGGUCCCGCAUUUGCUCCUGCUGGUAUUUGGAAACCAGCCUAUGCCAUUCAGCUCCCUUCAGCAGGCAUAUACAUCCGAAACUCACUGCUAGAUAUCUAUCGUCAAGGCCAGCUGAACAACCUACCACCAGACCAAGCGGCGCCUUGGAUUCUGAACGCCAGUCUUGACAUUCUCGGAGCAAUCUCGAGCACAGCUACUUUAGCCAUUGAGAUCAUGGAUAUGAGCAAUAAUACGAUAACAAGUGGGGAUUUGCAGAAUAUUUCAACUACUAGCACCUCUGUGGGUGGGAGCAUAACCGUGGAGGGAGAAGCCUGUCAACUUUGGUGGCCAGCUGGGCUUGGACCUCAGAAUCUUUAUUACUUCAAGAUCAGUCUCGUGGAUGGAGGCAAGACAUUAGCUUCCGUGACCAAGAGAAGUGGCUUCAGGACUAUUGUAUUGAACAUGACGCCGAUCUCCACACCACAACUAUCUCAAGGAAUAGCACCUGGCAAUAAUUGGCAUUUCGAGAUCAACGGCCAUGAGUUCUAUGCCAAAGGAUCUAAUUUCAUUCCACCAGACGCUUUCUGGCCGAGGGUAACUCUAGCAAAGAUGAAGCAACUUUUCCAAUCCGUGGUUGAUGGUAAUCAGAACAUGCUCCGGGUCUGGGCCAGCGGUGCCUAUUCUCCAGACUUUCUAUAUGAUCUCGCUGACGAACUGGGAAUCCUUUUGUGGAGCGAGUUUGAGUUUGGCGAUGCGUUAUACCCUGUGAAUCCAGAGUUUCUAGACAAUUGUCGGGAAGAAGCGGAAUAUAACGUUCGGAGGGUGAACCACCAUCCUUCUCUGGCCCUUUGGGCCGGAGGCAAUGAAUUAGAAAACUUAGAGCUUCCAAUAGCCGAGGGGGCUGAUCCAGGAAAUGGGCAAUGGAGGAAGGAAUACGAGCAGCUAUUCCUUGGUGUCCUUGCCCCAGCUGUUUUCCAAAACUCAAAGUCGAUCUCCUACAUUCCCAGCAGUACCACCAAUGGGUACCUCGAAUUGAAUUUCUCGUCGCCAAUUCCGAUAAUCCAGAGGUACGAUAAUGUGACUGCGGGGUCAAUAUACGGAGAUACGGAUCAUUACAAUUACCAUUCGGAUGUAGCUUUCAACCUCUCAAGCUACCCUGUUGGGCGGUUUGCAAACGAGUUUGGAUUCCAGUCUAUGCCAAGUCUUCAGACCUGGCAGCAAGCCGUCCUCCCAGAAGACUUGAAUUUCAACAGUUCCACCAUCAUACUUCGCAAUCAUCAUUACCCGGCCGGUGGACCGUUUACUGAUAACUUCCACAACAGCUCCCUCGGCAUGGGAGAAAUGACUAUCGCAGCAGAGCUAUAUUACCCUGUUCCCAACAUCGCCGAUUCGGUCGCCAACUUUUCAGCAUGGUGCCAUACAACCCAGAUAUUCCAGGCCGAUUUCUAUCGCAGCCAAAUUUCCUAUUAUCGUCGGGGAUCUGGGUUCCCUGAAAGGCAACUGGGUUCACUUUACUGGCAACUGGAAGACAUUUGGCAAGCUCCCACUUGGGCGGGCGUUGAAUACGACGGGCGAUGGAAAGUGCUCCACUACGUUGCCAAAGACAUCUACCAACCGGUCAUCAUCGCUAGUUAUUGGAAUUACACCACUGGUGAUCUGACGGCAUAUGUGACCUCUGAUUUAUGGUCUACUGCAUCCGGUUCCGCAACUUUAACUUGGUAUAGCUAUAAUGGUACUAUUCUUGCUGCUCCUACAACUGUGCCAUUUACCGUUGGCGCUCUGAAUACUACUCAGGUGCUUCAAACCAACACGAAUGCAUUGCCAUUAAGCCUGAAGGACGCUGUCCUCAAAAUGAACAUAACCGCUACUGGCUCGCUUCCGAACAGUAACGAAGUCAAAAUCUUCAAGCAUGAAUACUAUUUCCACGAUCUAAGUCUCGGUCAAGUAAACCUUCAGGAUCCCGGUUUGAUACUAAAUUAUAAUAGCACAACGGGGAAUUUCACAGUUGAAGCUGCGAAAGCGGUGGCCGCGUGGGUAUGGCUCGAUAUUCCUGCCGGGACUUUGGCAAAUUUUGACGAGAAUGCAUUCUGGUUGGUUCCUAGUGAUGGGAAGAGAGAAAUCGGUGUUACGGUGAAGGAUGAUAGCAUUGGUGGGAAGUGGGUCAAGGGGGUGACAGUGAGGAGCCUGUGGAAUAAUACUUUGUCGUGA